AUGUCUACCGGUAUAGUCCCAACCUCCAUACGACGAUUAAUCAACCUUUACAACACUCUUUCUCAUAAUCACAAUUCACCCUAUGCCGAGCAAAUAGAGUCCUUUCUUCAAAAUACGUCUGACCUGAACCUACGAAACAAGCGAUGGUCGAUAGUUACUAAGAAUGCUCGAAAAGGUCGUGAAUGGAAGGUCGAUAGGAACAGAGAGCGGUGUUUAUUUCAAGAUCCGAUAGACUUUGGUCCCAACGAGCUUAAGAAAACAAAGUACUUAUUUAAAGAUCAAUCGCCGUUUACAAUGAAGGAAGGGCUACUCCCCAAAUCGCUUAAUGCUAGAAAGAAUUCAAGUGUCUAUAGUGUAGAUAUUGAGUCUACCCUCAACUCCUUUUUCAACCCACUUACAACAGCCCCAGUGCAUAAACUGGAUCAACAAACGUUCAAGUAUUACCUACAGCUGUUGACAAGGGUUCCUAUUAUGAUUUUCUUUAAGCAGAAAUGUGACUUAUUGUUGUCUUCUUCACUAGAUAAGUGGAAUCAACCAUAUUUUGACAUGAGGAGGAGGACACAAUUGGAGAAUGCGAGGUUUGAGGAGAAAAAAGUGAUUUUCAACUUGACCAAAGUAACUCGCCCUGAUAUACUCUCGUUAGCACUCAAGAGUGAGAAUUAUAUGAAAACAACAGGUCAAAAUUUCAACAAGUUGGUGAAAAAUCUACCGUGGGAUGAGGUCAAACUAGUUGAUGACAAAUUAGUAAAGUUAUUGGAAAAGGAGCAGCAGAUUAAGGCAUUGGCAAGAUCAAAUCAACAGGAGGUUUCCCAUGAUGAUGAAAAGUUACUUUUUGCAAUAGAUGAGGCGACGCAAAUGACCAAGAAAAAUGCAGAUGUAUCAACCAUUUUAGAGACGUUGCCAUAUAAGUUACACUAUUACAGAUUUUACAUGCUCGAGAUUCUAAAUAUCGACGCCGAUUUUUCCUCAUUUGAGUCGUUGUGGUCUGAUACCGAUUUUGAAAUUGUUGGCGCUAGGUUGGCUCUCAAUGAUUCCAGGAUUGGAUCCUUAUUGCAGCACCUUGUUACUGCUGAGGACCUUCAACACGCUUCAAGCUACGAAGACAUUUUGAAAUUAGCUAAGCCUGAAGAAGUAAAUGUCCAUGGAAUAAACAAUGUUAUCCGCACAAUUGCUUCACAUGGAUUGGUCAAUACCAGUUUAAAUUCGAAAAAGGAUUCAAUUUAUUUGACAAAGAUGAUUGAAUAA